GAGUGGGAGGCUGAGGAGUGCCUGGCUGUGAGUUGAGUAGGGAACUAAGGGUGUGAGGGACUGCCUGGUUUGGGGGUAGGAGGAGGAUGUUUAGCGUGUGAGGGAGUGCCUGGCUUGGCGGGGGACACUGAGCAUGUGAGAGGUUGCCUGGUGGUGAGGGGCUGCCUGGCUGCAAGGGGCUGCACAUCUGUUAGGGGUGUGUGAGAGCAAUGGCAUAUAUGGCUGUUAGUAGUGUGGGGCAGCUGGAGGGGUGCAGGAGCAAUGGGAGCCCAUGUGUUUUGGGGAGCUUGUGCAGGGCCAGUAUUGGCUCAGGUGGUGGAAGUCUGUCAGUCUCGCUGUGGGUGCUGAAGGCAAUAGGUGCUAGGUGACAAGGUGUGUGUGUGUGUGACAAAUAGGACAGUAGCAUGGCAGGCAGUUGUCAAAAGAUUGCAAGGGUGAUGGUUGGUGGUGAAGCAUCAUGAGCAACAGCAGAAUUGGUGGGGAUGUUCUAGUUCUUAGUGAAAAGCAGGGGUGGUGCACUGGUAGAACAAGAAAUGUGUGAGUGAGAGGCAAUGGAAAAUACCAUGAAAAAUAAGUGAUACAUUUAGAUAGAGAAACCUCCAUGUAGAAGGUCAACCUUAAAUCCAGAUAAUGCUUUUUCAAUUCAUAGAAUCAUAAACUAUAGAAUGGAAUUGACCUUAAAGCCCAUCUAGUUGAAGCCCCCUGCCAUGGGCAGGGAGAACCUCCCACUAGACCAGGUUGCUCAAGGCCUCAUCCAACCUGGCCUUGAACGCUUCCAGGGAUGGGGCAUCCACAGCUUCCCUGGGCAACCUGUGCCAGUGCCUCACCACUGUCAUUGUGAAGAAUUGCUUCCUGAUGUCUAAUCUAAAUCUGUCCCCCUUCCAAUUUAAAGCCAUUCCCCCUCAUCCUAUUGCUACAUGUCCCCCCCUAGCUUUCUUGUAGCCCCUUCAGGUACUGGAAGGUCACUAUAAGGUCUCCUUGGAGCCUUCUCUUCUCCAGGCUGAACAACCCCAACUCUCUUAGCUUGUCCUAAUAGCAGAGGUGCUCCAGCCCUCCCUUCAACUUUGUGGCCCUGCUCUGGACCUGUUCCUAAAGUUCCAUAUGCUCCUUAUGCUGGGAAUUCCAGAACUGGACACAGUACUCCAGGUGAUAUCUCAUGAUAGCAGAUUAGAGGAGCGCAAUUGCCUCCCUCGACCUGCUGGCCACGCUUCUUUUGAUGCAGCCCAGGAUAUGGUUGGCCUUCUGGGCUGUGAGCACACAUUGCUGACUCAUGUUGAGCUUCUCGUCAGUCAGCAUCCUGUAGUCCUUCUCUGCAGGGCAGCUCUCAAUCGUGUCAUCCCACAUCCUGUAUUGAAACAACAGAUUGCCCUGACCUAAGUGUAGGACCUUGCACUUGGCCUCGUUGAACCUCAUGAGAUUCACACAGGCCCACUUCUCCAGCCUGUCCAGGUCCCUCUGAAUGGCAUGCCUUCCUUCUGGGGUGACAACUGCACCACUCAGCUUGGUUUCAUCUUUAAACAUGCUGAGGGUGCACUCGAUCUCUCUGUCUGUAUCAUCAAUGAAAAUAAUAAACAGCACUAAUCCCAGUACAGACCCCCGAGGGACACCAUUUGUCACAGAUCUGCAUCUGGACAUUGAGCCAUUGACAUUGAGCCAUUGACCACUACUCACUUAAGAUGACCAUCCAACCAAUUCCUUAUCCACUGAACAGUCCACCCAUCAGUCCAUAUCUCUCCAAUUUAGAGAGAAGGAUGUUGUGGGGGACUGUGUCAACAGCUUUACAGAAAUCCAGAUAGAUUACAUUACACUCUGUCUCUGUCUUGCUGUUCCUUGACCCAGGAGGGGUGAGGAGAGCAGUUGCCAGUGAAGGCUGAGUCAAAAAAAUUUCUUCAGUACCUUGGCCUUCUCCUUGUCUGUUGAUGCGAGGUCACCACUGUCACCUCGUUAGUGGGGCUACGCUUUCUUUAACCUUCUUUUUCUGGUUGACAUAUCUAUAGAAACUCUUCUUGUUCUUUACCUCCCUUGCCAAGUUCAGCUCCAUCUGUGCCUUGGCCUUCCUGAGCCUAUCCUUACACAACCAGGCAGCGUCCCUAUACUCUUCCUAGGUUAUCUGUCCCUGCUUGCACUGCCUGUGCAGUUCUCUUGCUCUUCAGUUUUACCAGCAGGUCUUGACUCAGCCAUGCUGGUCUCUUCCCUUCCUUGCCUGAUUUCCUGCAUCUAGGGACUGAGCGCUCUUGUGCUCUAUUGCAAGCAUGCUUAAGUAUUUGCCAGCUCUUUUCUGCUCCCUUGACGCUGAGGACCAUUUCCCAGGGGUUCCUACUAACUCUGAAGAGCCGGCAGAUUGCUUUCCUGAAAUGUAGAGUCUUAACUAUACUUGUCUGUCCCAUAUCCCUCAGGGCCUUGAACUCCACCAGUAUGUGAUAACUGCAGCCCAGGCUCCCUUAGGUCUUGACAUCACUGAUGAGCUCAAAAAUUUUUUGUCAAACAACAAAAAUUGUUUGGCUUCACUUGCUCCUCACAGUUUUGGAAGGUGCAUAUGCACUAAAGCAAUACCAGUUACCUCUCCACAGGUUCUUACAGUCAAAUGAAUGACUGCAGUUUGUGCAGAAUUGAAGAGAUUUGAUGCUAAGAUUCAUUCUUAGUUUGUAAGACUGCUGUAAAAUUUGAGUAAUGUCAAGUUGUGUGAAUUCUGUGUUUGCAGUUAAAAAUGAUAAAAUUGCUUUCUUGUAACUUCUAGCUGUUUCUUGGAUUGGGACCUGUCUUCUUUUUAAUUUAGGAAUAAAAAAUAAGAUGUUUUUUAUGUGAACAGAGUAAUGUUUUCACUUUCAUUAAUUUCGAUGUCAGAGAUGGGUAGAAAACUGUCGAAGGGCAGACUUAGAAGAUAAAACUCCAGAUCAGCUCAACAAGCAUUACAGAUUGUGUGCUAAACAUUUUGAGACUUCAAUGAUAUGUAAAAGUAGCCCUUACAGAACAGUUUUACGGGAUAAUGCUGUGCCAACUAUAUUUGACCUUACAAGUCACUUGAACAAUCCUCACAGCAGACACAGGAAAAGGAUAAAAGAGCUGAGUGAAGAUGAAAUAAGAACACUGAAGCAACAAAAGAUUGAAGCUUUUGAACGGGAGCAGGCAACUCAAGAAUUGAAUGAAAGCAAUGAACAAAAUACUGUUUCAGAAGAAGGAGGGGAACAACAAGAGGAAGAAGCUGUCUCCUUAACUCUGGAAGAGAGAGAAAACAAAGAUUACCUUAAAUCUUUGUUUGAAAUUUUGAUCCUGAUGGGCAAACAAAAUAUUCCUUUGGAUGGCCGUAAUGAGGAGUUACCAGAAGGUAUUUUUACCUCAGAUAACUUUCAGGCUCUGCUGGAAUACAGAAUAAAUGCUGGAGAUGAAGUUCUGAGAAAACGAUUUGAGAUGACUGCAGUCAAUCUUGAGUAUUGUCCAAAAACUCAGCAGAAACAAAUGCUUGAGAUCUGUGAAAACUGUAUUAGAGAAGAGACACUGAGGGAAGUAAGAGACUCGCACUUCUUUUCUAUUGUCACUGAUGAAGUAGUAGACAUAGCAGGAGAGGAACAUUUACCCGUGUUGGUGAGGUUUGUUGAUGAGUCUCAUAAUCUGCGAGAAGAAUUCAUAGGGUUUUUACCAUAUGAAGCUGAUCCUGAAAUUUUAGCUGUUAAGUUUCACACAACUGUUACUGAAAAAUGGGGUCUAAACAUGGAGUACUGUAGAGGUCAAGCCUACAUUGUCUCCAGUGGGUUUGCUUCUAAAAUGAAAGUUGUGGCUACAAGACUAUUGGAAAAGUAUCCACAGGCUGUGUAUACGCUGUGUUCCUCUUGUGCCUUAAAUGUUUGGCUGGCAAAAUCUGUUCCUGUUGUUGGUGUUUCCAUUGCACUAGGCACAAUUGAAGAAGUUUGCUGUCUUUUUCAUCAGUCUCCGCAAUUACUAGUAGAACUGGACAACACAAUUUCUGUUCUUUUUCAGAACAAUGAGGACAAGGGUAAUGAGCUGAAGGAGAUCUUGCGUUCUCAGUGGACAGGCAGGCAUGAUACCUUUGAGGUUUUAGUGGACCUCAUGCAAGCAUUGGUGCUGUGCUUGGACGCGGUAGGCAAUGACUCAUCUGUCAGGUGGAACAACUUUAUUGCCGGUCGAGCAUUUGUACUUUCAAGUGCAUUAACAGAUUUUGACUUCAUUGUUACUAUUGUAAUUCUGAAAAACGUUCUGUCUUUCACAAGAGCAUUUGGAAAAAACCUCCAAGGACAAACAUCGGAUGUAUUCUUUGCGGCUAGCAGCUUAACAGCAGUGUUGCAUUCUCUGAAUGAAGUGAUGGAGAAUAUAGAAGUUUAUCAUGAAUUUUGGUUUGAAGAAGCAACAAAUUUGGCUGCAAGACUGGAUGUACAAAUUAAACUCCCAGGAAAAUUUCGCAGAGGGCAACAGGGGAACUUGAAUUCUGAGGUAACGUCAGAAAAUUACUAUAAAGAAAUCCUUAGUGUCCCCACAGUGGAGCAUAUUAUUCAAGAAUUGAAAGAUAUAUUCUCAGAACAACAUUUAAAAGCUCUUAAGUGUUUAUCGUUGGUGCCCUCAGUCAUGGGGCAGCUCAAAUUCAAUACAUCAGAGGAGCAUCACGCUGACAUGUACAAAAAUGACUUGCCUAAUCCAGACACACUUUCUGCUGAGCUUCAUUGUUGGAGAAUCAAAUGGAAGCACAGGGGAAAAGAUAUCGAACUUCCAACUACUAUUUAUGAAGCACUUCACUUGCCUGACAUUAGGUUUUUCCCUAAUGUUUAUGCAUUGCUUAAAGUCUUGUGCAUACUUCCAGUGAUGAAGGUGGAGAAUGAAAAAUAUGAAAUGGGACGAAAGCGCUUAAAGGCAUACCUGAAAAACACCUUGACAGAGCAAAGGUCAAGCAACCUAGCUUUGCUGAACAUAAACUUUGAUACAAAACAUGAUUUAGAUUUAAUGGUGGACACCUACAUUAAACUCUAUCCAGAUAAAGUGGAGUUUCAAGAAGAGCUUAUUCCUUCAAACAACUCUGAAGUAACAGAAGAUGCUUAAUUUUUUAAGCUUUAACCAAUCUGUUGAUACAGCUUUCAAUUAAGUCUCCAAACUGAGGAUUAAAAACCUAUUGAAGUCUAAAAAAAAAAAUCACUGCAGUUGUAUUUCCAUUUUAGGUCUUGGACUGAUCUGUUACCAGUGACCCAAAUUAUGUUUUGUUAGUCUGCAUAAAUGUGUUAUGCGAACAAAACCAAGCCUGAAAAUAAGCCUGUGCUUUUGCCAGAGGUGCUUUCUACAUCUGAUUGACUCCACUAGGUGCUCGUUUACUUUAUUGCAUCUUGGAAAAAGUAUAUUGUGAUUGUAAGUCUGAUGGGGCUGUUACAUAUUCGCUCCUGAAUUAGGAUAAGAGAAAGAGCCCAAAACAUUAAAAAGAGUAUAAUCCAUUUCAGUGCUUUUACUUAGGAUUUUAUUCUUUCUGAAAACUUUAAGAAGAAGUCUUUGUGUAUUUAACUAGCAUUUUGGACAGUGGAUUUGGCUAUUGCACGAUCCUCGUGCUGUGGACUGUUCUCAGUGUUAAAGUGAGUAUUAGUGGUAUAGAGGUACGUUUACAGUUUCAUUGGAAGAGCCAGCCUCUUUUAAUCUCUCAAUGACUGUUUACAUUCCGUUGUGUGAGACACAAAACUUUUUUCUUUAGACUUUUAACAGGCAUGGCAGAAGUACUGAAAUUCCUAAAAGACACUAAAAACUUAAAGUUGAAUUCCACCAACAUUUAGAUCUGUUUGUUCUAUCUUGGCUCUGACAUAAACCCAUACAUCUUGUCUGUUUAUUUGUGAACUCAUCCAGGAAAGAUUAAAAUAAAGAGAUCGCUGUUUGUCUAGAAGUAAAAUUUUAAAUAUUGAUGUUAUUUUUUGCAAGAAUGAAACAUUUUUGUACAGUUUAUUGCAAUUUAAAAUAAAAUGUGAAUUGCUUUUUACGUAGUAUUGAAUUUCUUACUAAAACUGUACCUCCAUGAGAAUGUGUAUCCUUUUGUUAGGUACCUUUUAGUUCUAUCAUUUUUUUCUCCAUUGUUUUUGCAGUUCUAGUGAGUGGCAUUGUCUUAAUACAGAAGAAACAUUGUGUAAUAGCACUUCUGAUCUGUAUGUUCUGCUGAGGGUUUCUUGAGUAUUUUGAGGUAGCACUAAAUACUCUGCUUUUAAAUUCGGAAGUUCUGCCUAGCUGAAACAAGCAAAGAUUAAAUUUUAAAUCAUUGAAAAGUCAAGUUUUGCAGCUAUCCUGAUGCAUGCCAAUUUUAUAACUUCUUUACAGUUGUCCUUUUAUGUACUUGCCAGUUGCAUUGGGAAAGACCUGCAGCAACAGAAAUUUGAAUGAUUGUAGACUAUACAGUUCUUAAUGUUUUAAUGCAGUCAAGCAAUAAGAAUUAACUAAAAAAAAAUCCUUUACUAAGUAAACUUAAGAUAGUAACAUGACUGUGUACAUCCUAAGAAGUGCUUUCAGGAGCUUUCAUUUACAUUGGAGUAGUAAAAAUACUCUUAAAGUAUUAUAUCUUCUUUCCACUGCUAUAUGUAUAUCCUUUCUGACAAGUUUUCAUGUUAAUGCAACUGUUGCCUCAAUCAGUAAAAAGUAUUUUGACUUAUAGCUUGCUCUGUUUCUCUGAAUAGAUGAAAAUAGUCUAAAUCUAUGUUAAUGCUAUAAAAAAGGGACAUGUU